AUGGCAUCCAACGGUCUCACAAACGGCUCCUCUGCCGCACCAACCAGUCGCUUCGAUCCCAACUUCACCAGUCAUGUUAUCAAGACCAUGGGUCCCAACAUGACGCCCAGAAAUCGCGAGGUCCUCAGCAGCUUGAUCAGACACCUGCACGACUUUGCGCGAGAGGUUGAGCUGACCAAUGACGAGUGGAUGACCGGCGUUCACUUUGUCAACUUUAUCGGACAGACGUCCACCAAGACAAGGAACGAGGCGCACCGAAUUUCUGAUGUUCUUGGUCUUGAAUCCCUCGUCGAUGAAAUCGCCAACAAAAUCAUCGCCGAAGGCGACAUCGACCCAACUUCAUCCUCUAUCCUCGGGCCCUUCUGGUCCCCGAAUGCGCCAUUCCGCGACAACGGCAGCACCAUCAUCCAGAAUCCCAACCCCAAGGGCCGCGUGUGCAAGAUGCACGGCACCAUCACCGAUCUCCUCACCGGCAAGCCCAUCCCCGGCGCCGUCUUCGACAUCUGGCAGGCCAGCGCCAACGGCAAAUACGACUUCCAGGACCCGGAGAACCAGACCCCCAACAACCUGCGUGGUAAAUUCACAGCCGACGACAACGGCAAGUACUGGUUCUACUGCUACCACCCUACGGCCUAUUCGUUACCUACCGACGGUCCGGCUUACCAGCUUCUUACCUUGAUGGACCGUCAUCCCAUGCGUCCUGCACACCUUCACAUCAUGGUGACCCAUCCCGAGUUCAGGGGCUGCACCACGCAGCUGUAUCCCAAGGACGAUCCCUGGCUGGAGACUGACACCGUCUUUGCCGUCAAGGACGACCUUGUGGUCGACUUUAAGCCAUUGAAGGGCGAUGACAAGGCUGUUCUGGAGCUCGAGUAUAACGUCGUCUUGUCACCCAAGGGCUACAAGGGCAAGACUUUCUAA